AGCGAAGGUCUGUUUCAUUAUUGCUACCGAGCGAGAUUCAAAUAGCAAAAAAAAGUGCGAGGGCCUAUUUUGAGGACUGUAGAUUGAACACCCAAGUCCUAUCAGUCGCCAAGAGAUGAACACACACACACUAUUCGUGGCUAUUUUGCUGGUGGGGGCAGUUCAGUCGAGAAGGGUAACGCAAGAAACGUACGACAUUUUUUUCCAGCUGAUUGAACCCUACUAUCCAAACUGCUUGGUGGAGGCUGGCAUCACCCCCGGAUACGCAAAGGAUGUUGUUAUUACGGCGUUUGUCCCCGACGAAGCGAACGUUAAACAGUACUUCGAUUGUCUCUACGUCGCCAUGGACCUUUUCCUCGAGAACGGUGAAUUCAGCAGAGAAAAAGUGAUAGGUCUAGCGUCGUAUAUGACGGAGGCGUUAGUGGAUGAAUGUAUGCCCUUAACAGAACGUGAAGUUUUGCGCGUGGAUAAGUCGCUUGCCCUGGCCAAUUGCCUCAUAAACGCACUCGCCAUUGAUUAAGUCUCAAAUAAACAAGAAGAGUUAUGCUUAGGCUAAGUGUUGUAACCUAAAUAAAGCGGCGUUACGUCGGAGACGACCAGGAGCGCAUAACGCAAUAGAAUCUGUAUGUCAAUAAAUGUUGUCUCCUA